CCGUUGAUAAAUCUUGGCGCCAAGUUAUUAAACCAUUUUGUUGCUUACCCUGCCCGACAUUUUACGGGCAGGAAGCAUCCUAUGCAAAUCGUUUUAGGGUCUCAUUAAUAUAUAAAAACUCACUUUCUUUCUCUUUUUAUUUCUCUCUUUAUCUUUUACCGCCUCCAUUCAAAGCUUCCGAAAAACCUCUCCUUCCUCUCUACUACUCAAUCCGGGCAUAUAUUCUUGUUAUAUUCCUAGCUUCUUCUUCAAUCUUGGUUUCACAAAAGGUCGAUUCUUGUUCUUGGUUUGGUUGAAAAGCAAUCUUUUUCGGGUUUUUGAUAUGGGUUUUUCGAAAAAGCAUCAAGUAGAUGGGGAAUCUUUGGAAGGGAAGAAAUGGGUGAUUGCAGGAAUCACCAUGAGAGCUCCAUUGAAGUCUUUAUCUAUAAAAAAGGCGAAAGAAGAAGAUGAUGAUGAUGAUAACACAAUCUCCGGCAACACAACUCCGACGUCCAAGGACUCGAGGAUACCGGAGGCUUUACCAUGCCCGCCGCCGCCGAGGAAACGCCGGCCGGUGUCGACUUGUCACAACAAUGGCAACAUGGAGUUUUUUACUUCACCGGAGUUGGAUUCCUUGUUCAAACUCCUCUCGAAAGCCAGUUGAAUUUAUCUAAAAUUUAGGGUUUUUACAUGUCCCUUUUUUUUCUCACUAGUUUUCUAGUUAUGUAGGUUAGAUUUAGAUUAGAGUUUGUUUUAGAAGCAUGUACAAAUAUAGUAGUAUAUGAUUCUUGAUUAGGUUAGCUUUUGAGUUAAAUGAGAUAGUCUUGUUUUUUAUGGGUUGUUUCAAGUUUGAUGUGUCUUUCUUUUUUCUUGGUUUUUCGAACCAUAGUAGUUACUUCUAAACCCAAAACGGCAAAUGGGUUAUAGCCAUAAGGGUACAAAGAGCCUUUUGUGGCCAUGUUUGGUGCUUUAUGCUUGUAUGUGUGGCAAUUUGCAAUAGGGUUUCUCACCCAAUGAUAUUGGUCUUUGUUAAUCUUGAAACUAAAAAGUUUGUUAUUUAAUAUAUAAAGAUUGUGUUAUUUCGCUUG